UUGACGACUGAUCUUUCAAAUUUUAAGGAUCUCUUGAAUAAAUCAACAGAUGUCACUCGAAGUACGGUUCAGAAAAGUGUUUGUGUCCUGUCGCGAAUACCUCUCUUUGGAGUUCUGACUGCUAAACUUCAGCUUAUCACAGAAGUUUAUUUUAACGAAAGAGAUUUUGCGAAGGUUGAAGUUUUGUCACAAAUGUAUGAGAAUCUUUGUGAAAUGUUUCCAACAACUGAGGAAAUCGACGAAAGCGCUGCAGUAAUGGGUUGUUUUCUAUAUAUCACCGGUGUUUCAAUUAAGUCAACUGAUGGUUGCGCUCAUUUCACUUUAUCCACGUAA